CACCGCUAGUUUCCUCCGCUACGCUGCUUGCUCAUCGGGCGGGUGUGGUUCAGAGACAAACUUUUACAAAUCUUCACCAGUAUGAACAAUAAAUCCAAAAUGUUUCUGUCUUUUCUAAUAAUGCUCGGUGUUUUGGCUACCGAUGCAGACAUAGUGAAGACCAUCUCAGCGAAGGAGGGAGAUUCAGUGACUCUAAACCUUGAUCCUACUGAAAUGCAGGGGUUUAAGGGGAUACAGUGGAGGUUUGGAUAUGAAGGUUCACGCGUUGCUCAAAUGAUGGGAAAUGAGAGCUCAUAUACGAGCGAUGAUAUAUUCAGAGACAGACUGGAGCUCAACAAGCAGACUGGAUCUCUGACCAUCAAGAACGUGAGAACCAAACACUCUGGACUUUAUAAAGCUGAGCUCGACCACAUGAAUAUGACGUCACAUCAGUUAUUCAUCGUUACGGUUUAUGAGUCACCGUCUGAUGCUGGUCAAGCUGAAAUCAAGAGCUUGUCAGUGAUGGAAGGAGAUUCUGCCAUUCUUCACACUGAUGUUACUGAACUACAUGGAGAUGAGCUGAUGGUGUGGAGGUUUGGAGAUGAAGGAAAACUCAUUGCCAAGCGUGACACAGAGACCAAGAGUUCAUCGUUUAUUGAUACCGAAGAGAGAUUCGUACACAGACUGGAACUGGAUCAGACUGGAUCUUUGACCAUCAAGAACAUGAGAAACUCAGACUCUGGGCUUUAUAUAGUGAAGAUCAGCAGCAGCAAAGACACGGUUUACAAGAAAUUCAGCAUUGCUGUUAGUGUUCUAGGUCUAUCUCCAGGCUCUAUAGCAGGAAUUGUUGUUAGCUUUCUGCUGCUCUUGGCUGUAUCUGUAAUCGGUGCUUCAUGCUAUCGCUCCAAGAUCUCUGAACUACGAUUACAAACAUAUGAAAACAAGACUGUGAUGGUGAAAUUGGGUGAUGAUGUCACACUGCAUAGUGAUGCUCAAAUAUUGGCAGAAGAUCACAUCGUCUGGACAUUUGAAAAUAGAAGUGCUUUUAUUGCUGAAAUCAAGCAAGAGGUCAGAGAGACGUUUGAUGCUCAUGGGAUAUUCACUGACAGACUGAUGCUGGAUGAGACUGCAUCUCUGACCAUCAGAAACACCGGACUUGACCAUUUCGGAUACUAUAUAUUAAAGGUCCGGAGAAUUGGCGGGUUUACCUUUUACAAAAGAUUCCAUGUUGUCGUCAGUGAUUUCUCAGAGGAAGAUUGGAGGAUGUUGGUGAUGGAGGGAGAUGAUGUCACCCUAAAUUCUGGUACCGAACUGGAUGAAAAUGUGCAUGUGAAGUGGCUGUUUGGAGAUGAGUGCCUGAAGUCACCCAUAGCUGAAAUCAGCGGAGCGACCGGAGAGAUUCUUACAUAUGAUGGUAAUGUUAACGGGAGAUUCAGAGACAGACUGAGGCUGGAUCAUCAGACUGGAUCUCUGACCAUCAUCAAAACUGGCCCUGAAGACUCCGGAACCUUUGAAAUCCAGACAAUGAACUGCAAAAGGACUCACUUUGGACACAGGAUGGUUUCCGUCAAUGAAAGGAGGAUAUCAGUGGAGGAGGGAAAGAACGUCACUCUUGAGAUUGAUUCUGAAGUACAGCAUGAUGAUCAGAUCCUGUGGAUGUUUGGUGUUGAUGAGACUCUGGUAGCUCAAACCAGAGGAGGAACUAUAGAGACGCAUGAUGAUGCUGCUGAUGGGAGAUUUGCAAACCGACUGACGCUGGAAGAGUCUGGAUCUCUGGCCAUCAGUAACAUCACAGCCGAACACACUGGAGUCUAUAAAGCGCAGAUCAUCCGUCGUGGAAAAACCUCAUACAAGAAAUUCAAGGUCGUCAUGCUUGCUGAGUUUGUGCCAGUGAAGAAAGGAGAAGACGUUACACUUCACACCGACUAUAAAGUAAAGGCAGAAGAUCAGAUUCAAUGGAAGUUUGGACAUAAAAACUCUCUUAUAGCUGAAAUGAACGGAGAGAGCAGAGAGAUCACUAUGCAUGACGAUGUUCUGAACGGAAAAUUCAAAGACAGACUGAUGCUGGAAAAGGAGACUGGAUCACUGACCAUCACAAACGUCACCACUGACCUCUCUGGAGUCUAUAAAAUGAAGAUCAGCACAAGCGCAGGAACGUCUACAAACAAGAGCUUCAAUGUUUUUGCCACAGUGACAAGUAAAGUGAGCAUAACAUCAGAGGAGGAGGAAAUGAAUGAAAAGGAAGUGAUUGAGUCAUCUACUGUAGACAUGCAGCUGUUGAGUGAAGAAGCUCCUGUCAGGAUGACUAGCAUAAAGGGGACGAGUUCACUUUAAUGAGAUAAGACACACCCACUGUUGUCAAUCACUGUGACAUCAUCAAAAUUUGCACUAUAGUUACAGUUGAAGUCAGAAUUAUUAGCCCCCCAUGAAUUAUUAGACCCCCUGUUUAUUUCUUUCCC